AUGCCAAAGCCGAAACCCAACACAACCGAUGCUAGGUCUCUGGUUUCGCGGGCCGCAGCUGAAUGUGGUGACCCAUAUUCCUCAAUUCGCGGCAACAAUGCCUGCUCUGGGCACAUCGUAUCUGAAAACUGGUCCAAUCGGAUGGCGGCUGAUCAGGCCAUCCCCACGGGCCUGCUAGUCCGGGAACCGCGUUCAAGUGACAAAUGA